UUGCUUUCCUGUCAAAGCCUCAAGGCCUGGUUACACCCAAGAAAAAAGGGAACGGGAAUAAAAGAAGAAAAGGCAAAGGCCAGGGGAAGAAGAGAGACCCAUGCCUGCGGAAGUACAAGGAUUUCUGUAUUCACGGCGAAUGCAAAUACAUCCGAGAGCUGGGAGCUCCCUCCUGCAUAUGCCAGCCCGGGUAUCACGGAGAGAGAUGCCACGGCCUCUCGCUGCCUGUGGAGCACCCCCCCAGCGCGUACGACCACACGACGGCACUGGCUGUCAUUGCUGUUGUCCUGUCCUCCCUGUGUCUCGUCAUCAUCGCAGCUCUGCUGAUGCUCAGGUGUCACAAGAGGGGUGUCUACGAUGUAGAAAACGAAGAGAAAAUCAAGCUGGGCAUCACUGUGAAUCACUGAGGAUGCCGGGUGCUGGCAAGG